AUGAAUACUUUCUUGACCGACUUGAUUCUCGUAUUUCAGAGCGAGACAACGGGAGGUUUCGCGUCGGUUUGGAACUCGGCCAACGACCGUCUUCGUCAGUACGGUCUCAAUUCCUUCUCCGUAGCUGGAUAUCGUGUUGAUCCGCUCCAUCUCGUCGUGGCCAUCCUCGGUUUUGUUCUGUCUGGGCCAAUGAUGCUCGCUAUUGUUGUUGCAGCCAUAGUAAUUUCUCAAUCGAGUGGGGACAGUACCUCUCCCUCUGUUCGCCAAACUGGUGGAGAGGCGAGUAGCAGUCAGUAUCACGCUCAAGGCGAUGCGCGCCAGCCUAACAGAAAUAAAGGACCAUUUUCUGGUUCAGGUCAAAGCAACGCCACGUUUGGGAAGCUGUCAAAAUUUCAGGUGAUCUCUCGACGUGAAUCCAGUACUAUUCCGUCAGUUAUUGCUCCACUUUUCCAAUAUGCUUCUGAAUGUUACUUUACGCAAGGGUUACAAAGUUCUAUGGAGGCGUUACAUGGUGUUGGUCUCUCAUGGCCGGUUGUCUUUGUAGCAUCUGGUGUAGCCUUAAGGAUAGCAUCGUCUCCUUUGCACAUUUUUGCUGAAAAGCUGUUUGCACGAAGGCUACAUGCUCAGAACUUUUUCACCGAAGGGAUUCUGAAGAAGCUGGGCGAACACUACAAAGUUGAAGUAGUUCCUAAUCCUGCGAAAUCGAAGCUGGAACUGAAAACAAAAGAUGCUAAAAUCAUCUCCCAUUGUGAGAAAUUGGUGAGCCAACAUUUUCCUUUCUUUUUUGAAAAUUCUGCUGAC